AUGGCCUCAUCUGCCCUCCAGCGUCUCGUACGCUUUGUACCUAGAUCUAGUCCUUCCAAGAUCCUUAUCGGCCAGCCAGCAGACAAGGAUAUUGAUGUUGGUGCUGCCUUACGCAAGGGUCAAGAGGUUGCAGUCAAUGUUUGGUCAGGUUCAUCAGUCCUAUCCCCAGGAUCCUCGACUGGUACUACCGAAACCAUUGACCGCGUCCUGUCCCCUCUUGCCCAAAAUGAGAUCGGUACUAUCCGGUGUGUCGGUCUGAAUCCAGCGACAACGAUCGUGGAUCCUUGGCCAGCUCGUGGAACCAUUCCCAAGCUGAGCCAGGUGGACGAGUCUGGCGACUACGAGGCAGAAUUGGCUGUGGUAAUUGGUAAGACGGCUAAGAACGUGAGCGAGGCCGAAGCUUUGGACUACGUUCUUGGAUACACUGCCGCCAACGAUGUUUCCAGCCGCACUCAGCAGCUAAACCAGUCUCAAUGGUCCUUCUCAAAGAGCUUUGAUGGGGCUUGUCCAUUAGGUCCAACACUGGUUCUCAAAUCUCUUAUUACAGAUCCCACCAAGCUUCACAUGCGAGGGUUAAAGAACGGCGAAGUGUAUCAGGAGAGCGGCACUGACGACCUCAUCUUUUCUGUUCCUAAGAUUAUUAGCUGGCUGUCUCAAGGCACUACACUUCCCCCGGGAACUGUGAUUGUCACUGGCACCCCCGCCGGUGUUGGAAUGGGCCGAACCCCUAAGGAUGCGCUCCGGCACGGCGACGAAUUUGCGGUUGAGAUUCUGCCUCAUAUUGGAACACUCACUAACAUUUUUGAGAAUGAGAAGAGUGGCUUCAUGACCAAGUUGUAA